AUGGGCCACAAUAGCGAUGAUCAGAUCGAGGCGGCUUGGUGCAUUUUGAACCUGGCGGCGGGCUCGCCAGCUCACACUGCUGCAGCCGCGCACGCCUCCCCCUACCUCGUGUCGCUUUUGUCCAGUCCCGUGCCACUAUUACAAGAGACGUCGGCUUGGGCGUUGGGAAACUUUGCUGGAGACUCUGUGCAGUUCCGCGAUGUUGUGGCUGCCCAGGGUGCCAUCAUUCCACUCGUGCGAAUCCUGAUGCAAAGUGUCGAUCCUGCGUUGGUCAAGGCGGCGAGCUUUGCACUCGGCAAUCUUGCUCGCGGCGCUCAUGCUCCGAUCGCCUUGAUGGUCGAGGCGCAAAUCAUCCCGGCGCUGAUUCGACAGCUGCAAUACUGGCAACAGCAACCUGGCGGACUGGCCGUCUUUUGUCAAAUUGCCUGGAUUCUCACCUAUCUCUCGGCGGUUGACUCGCUACGCCAUGUGCUGCUGCCACUCAACGUGCUCCCGCUGAUGGCCGCUGGCGUCUUUCUGGUCUUUGAUGCAGUGUUCACUUCUGAGCAACACAGCGGCAAACCUUGCGAGGUGUCGUUAAACGAUGCGACACCGCUCCUUCGCGUCAUGGGCAACUUUGCGACGAUGGAUAACGACAAUGUUACCAAUGCCAUCAUGUCGAGCCACGCGAGCUGGCUUGAUCUCUUGGUUCUGGUCAUGUCCACGGAGCACAGCGGCCAUUUGAUUGCAGAGACGGCAUGGCUUUUGGGCAACCUGACCACGAGCAACGCCACUGGCGUGGUUGACAGUUUGGUGGCGGCAGGAUUUAUUCCGCUGCUCCUCGAGCAGCUAAAGCGGCCAAAAGUUCCGCAUGAGUCUCCAGCGGCAGCCUUGAUUGAAGGACUGCAAAACCAUCCUAACGCUCGCAUUGGCCAGCUGACAGAGGCUCUGUACUUGAAUUUCCUCGAGCCGAAGGAGGCGGAAUACGACGACGACGACCACGAUGACCACGACGACGACGACCGAUGA